AUGAGUGAGGUGCGCGCGAGCCGCCCAAUCACCCUAGGAGUGUACCAGAAGGCGAUCGCAGGUACACCAGCUCACCGACCGAGAAGGUCGAAGCGUGGCGACAACAUCACUCCGACUGCUUUUCUUUCAGAAGCUAUCACCGCGCAAAAUUCGCUGUCAAAGUCUGAGAUUCCGGCGAGGACACUACAUCCCAAUGAGUCCAGAACCGGCCGUACCUCGAUACCGGCCCAUCACAACGCCAAAGGAGCUCUCAUCAAACAUGCAGGCACCCUCCAGCCACUGAACAAGCAGCCAAAGCUAGGAAUGAGACAUAGGAAGCACCCGGAGGCCAAACGUACGGCUUUGCCUCCAGGCAAAUCUCUCACUGCCAGAGAAACAGUGUCAGAGGAUGCCGUCGGGCACGACCGCCACGGGGCUGCUGCAACGAGUGAGGUUCAACCAGCGCAUAUCUAUGACUUCGACGCAUCUGGUUCUGACGUUGUUUGUCCUCACGUUCGAAGUACUGCUGCUCAUCAGCCCACCGUUAAGCGGCCAAGGCGGCAUCUUGAGCCAUCGGCUGACGCUCACCUUACGGCACGCCGUGAUGACAGAGAAGCUUCACUAACUGCAAAUCUCUCUCACGCUUCUACAGCGGCUCGGGACGUACCGGAACAGAAAGUCCGCAUAGAGGUCGUCGACGAACCUGGAACGAACCAACCUCCUGCAAGGAAGAAGAAGAAAAAGAGACGGCUGCCAGUAAGCGAGCUUGCGCUUGUCCCAAACAUCAACCAUGCAGCUCAAGGUGAUUUGCAGGCCAAUCCUCAAAGCUCCGACAGCCAACCAGGGGAGGAAGACCCCAUCGAUGACAGGCAAGCCGAUCCGCUGGUGCACGAGACAGGACCGAAGAGGCGGACUCCGUCGUCGGCACGACGAAAGCCGCUCAGUGUGCUCCAGAAAGCUAUCAAGAAGCCCAGGGCCACAGAUCCCACGCAGCUUGACCUCUCCCCCUUCAAGGUUAUCAAAACAGUGAUCGUCAGUUCUCAGUCGAGCGCCUCGAGCCAUGAUGGGUUCAUUGGAUCUGAGCUAUUUGUGCCUCCUAGACCUGUUAACAGGAGGCGUUCAAAGGCGGAUACUAUUGCCUUCCACGGCACCUAUGGUGAACUGAGUCUCGCUGUAGGAAGUCCGCCUGUCACAUUCUCCGCUGGCCCUCUCCCGGAUGGACACCUUCUCGUACAAGGGGAUCCCAUAACAGUUUCGUCUGCACCCCUGAGUAACUCGUCCUCCAAGUCGGGUAUGCUGGCUUCAGAAUUCGGUGAAUUGUCAUUGAUGGAGCCCCAAAAGCGGUCUGCAGAAGCUUACACCGGUUUGCUACCAGUAUCUGAAGCUAACAGGUCCACCGCCGGCCGGAAGCGCGGUCGCGAGAUGACCCAGGAGGAGGUCUUCCGUGAGCUAGCGCAAAUCACAGCACCCGCAAGGUCUCGAUCAGAGUCUGCUCCAGACGACACUCCUGCUGAGGGCGAAGAAACGGAAGCGGAAGCAUGCGAGGAGGAUGAAUCUGAAAACGAGCACAGCCCUGCGCCCUCAAGGCAUCAUCGAAGAUACUCUAGAAGCAUUUGUACGGAGCCUGUGGAGGAUAUUGAGAUGCUGGACGAGGAAAAUGUACUAAUCGUAGCGGACGCCACGCACAGAAAUCGCAAUCGCAACGGUUCAGGUUAUCGAGCCCAGUACAGUUGCAGGCAAGAUGUAGAAAGUGGUGAAGAGGUAUACCUCCCAGGCCAAGCGGCCAGGAUGGAGUCUGACGGUGCAUGGAUAGAGGUUUCUGAAGAGAUACUUGAUGAUACUACGUUGGUCAUCCACGCGACACAAGUCGCACCCGUAUCUCAAGGGAGCACUCUCAAGUCAAUCAUGAAGACUGGUUCCAAGAAUGCCCGGCUGCCUGCAGAUGAGUCCGGUGCCGGUACCUGCCUUGUUGACCGUCAAGGUGAUGCAAGUAUCCGCGUAGAAGUGCCUGAGUCCUCCCAUUACUUCAGUACGGCAGAACGACAGUUGCGCGUUCCGGCCACCAGUCCAAGCGCAUACCAUCCGAGCUCCCAUGGCACCAGAUGCGUGGAAGAGACAGAUGACGAGCUCCUCGAGCCAGGCGUCCCAUCUGACACCGAGCCACCGAUGCAGAGAGGAUUCAGCCUAAUUCGGGUGCACCCAAGGCCGGACCUGGUCAGCACAACCAAGCACACGGGCCUGCCCAAGCCUUUGAAGACACUGACCGAGGCCGCGCGCCGUGAGCUUGGGACAACUCCAGCAGGGAGACGGAGGACUGCAUCUCUGCGAUUUAACCGCCAUUCAAGGCGCAUCAGCAGAAAUCCAAUGGUUAAGCAGCAAUUAUCAUUGGCCGGAACGAACGUGCUCCGAACGUCAGAGCAGAGUCAAAGGCGGAGUAGAGCGUGGAAUGCAGGCACGUGCGUCUACCAAGAUAAGCCUCGCUGA